CAGGAACUUUCUUGGAGUUCUGGCUGGCUAAGAAAGAGCUUUCACCAAAAACAAAGUUAAGAGACUUGGUGGGGUGUGGUGGGACUGGGCCCCGCUCGGCCCAAAGGAGUUUGGGUCGGGUAGAGUGGGCAAGCUUCAGGGUAGAGGUGGGGAGGGGAUUCCUCCACUAGGAGCUAACCCCAGCUUCAUAAACCCAACAAAAAGGUCCCGGGCAUUGUUAAAAAGGCCCCAGGAUUCUGUCUGCCCAUCAAAGAGGGAGGAAAAGCUAAGUUGUGUGAUGCAGCUUUAAAGGGGCUGGUGAUUGACAGAAUGUGUAGCAGUGGAUGGGGUGGAGCCGCUGGGUGGGGUCUGGGAGAGGCAGCUGGGAGAAACCAAAAGGGAGAAACAAGAAAACCAUUGCCCCUGAUAUCGCUAAAGCUGGGCGAGGGAAGCUAGUGCGAAAGAGGAGAAAGGAGGGUUUUAGAUCUUAUCAUCACUCCCGCCACUUGCUAACUCCCUCACACCCUUCUGUCUCGCCUUAAGAUCAGUAAUACCGAGUGUACAGGCAUCUCCCUAAUUGUCCCUGGGCUCGGUUCGUGGUGUGAGGCAGCGAGGACCCUGCGCGCGCGCUGGCCCUUGCCGGGGCUGCAAGGAGAGGAUGCCUUCGGAGGCGUGGAACCCCAAAGCAUGGAUCAACUCAUAAACACCUUGGGAGUCCAGUUUAAUUCACAAAGAGCUUCAAUGCAGGUAUUCAAACAGGCCACUGGCCCUAUUCCAAUCAGAAAUCCUCCUGUAACUGUAGACAGAAGAACUAUGACGUCUCCACCACUCCUGGAUGCCAGCUCAAUGGAGAACCCAGCCCUGUUAAAUGACAUCAAGAUCGAGCCCCCAGAAGAACUCCUGGCUAGUGAUUUCAACCUGCCGCAGGUGGAACCAGUCGAUCUCUCCUUUCACAAGCCGAAGGCUCCUCUCCAGCCUGCUAGCAUGCUGCAAGCUCCAAUACGCCCUCCCAAACCACCGUCUGCAGCGCAAGCAAUGGUGGUAUCCACAUCACCUGACACGGGCACCACAGCAGCCAUUCCUACUGUUCUUACACCAGGCUCUAUCCUGGCCUCCUCUCAGGGUACUGGGGGCCAACCGAUUUUACAUGUGAUUCAUACCAUCCCCUCAGUCAGUUUGCCAAAUAAGAUGGGUGGACUAAAGACAAUCCCACUGGUGGUUCAGUCUUUGCCUAUGGUCUAUACCAGUUUGCCUGCAGACGGGAGCCCUGCAGCUAUUACUGUCCCACUCAUUGGAGGAGAUGGCAAAAAUGCUGGAUCAGUCAAAGUUGAUCCCACCUCCAUGUCUCCAUUGGAAUUUCCAAGUGACAGUGAGGAGAGUGCAAUUGAGAGUGGAUCUUCAGCCUUACAUAGUCUGCAGGGAUUUCAACAUGAGCCAACAACAAUGGCCCAAAUGCAUGGAGAAGAGUCUCUUGACUUAAAGAGAAGACGGAUUCACCAGUGUGACUUUGCAGGCUGCAGCAAAGUGUACACCAAAAGCUCUCACCUGAAAGCUCACCGAAGAAUCCAUACAGGAGAGAAGCCUUACAAAUGCACCUGGGAUGGCUGCUCCUGGAAAUUUGCUCGCUCGGAUGAGCUUACUCGCCAUUUCCGUAAGCACACAGGCAUCAAGCCCUUCCGGUGCACAGACUGCAACCGCAGUUUUUCUCGGUCUGACCAUUUGUCCCUGCACCGCCGUCGUCAUGAUACCAUGUGAAUAUCACAGGCCACAGCAGACAUGCUGCGCUGGUCUCCUGAGUAUGUGCUGAAGUCAAGACUAUGUUUGCCUCUGACUACAACUUGCCCUGUGAUUGGGGUUAGAACAGCCUACUGAGCCAGGUUCAUGAGACUGCAGAAAAAGUUAGCUGGUCUCCCAUGUGGCUCUUCCUAUUCCACUUUCACCUCUUCACUGUCCAGAUUUCAGUUUUUUCAACCUCUUCCUGGGUUGAAUUCUAGUGUGGCGCCCAUGGCUGCCCUCCCUGAUCCCUCAUGCUAUGUUAUAGACAUUUUUCCUAUGAUAAACAUACAAAAACAGGAAUCAAACUCAAGGCUGUGAACAAACAUACGCUGCUCCACCCCCCCCACAUCUUUUCUUGUUUUCUAAAACUUUUAUACAUAUAUAUGUAUAUAUACAUAUAUAUAUGUAUAUAUACUGUAACCAGUACUUAAAGUCACUUAAGAGUGUCCUAAAAUGAGUUGUUUUUUUUUUUUUUCAAAGUCAUAGCUACAAGGGGCAUAGCAGUGGAGUUGAUUGGUCAGAUUUAUAGAGAAUUGAGUCUGAAAUACAGAGUCUCAUACCAACCCUGAUGGUUUUGUAGAUCCAUUUUUACUUUUUCUUAGAAGUUUGGUUUACAAACAGUGCCAGCCCUCCUUCUGAGGUCCACAAAAAGAAAUUAAGGAAUUUUCUUGACCUCUUCUUCCUCCUCAUGCUCCUUUAUAUUUGAAGGUUUUAUGGCACAAUUUCAUUAUUUUUAGUUUAAGUUUGGACAAAUAUUCAAAGCACAGAAAGAUAGGGAGAAAUAUUCUAGGAAAAUAUGUCAGACAGUGACAGGAAAAAACAGACCAGGGAGGACCCUGUGAGUAAUUACUUGGAUAAGGCAUUAGAACUGUUGUUACUCCCAAACCUCAUUCAGAAGGCAGUCUGUUGAAACAGCACUUUUGAUGGGCUACACUGUACCGCUCAUUCUUUUGUUUACAUAAAGCAACCAUUCAGCGUAUUACCUGAUGAGAAAUUGCACACUGAGCAUGUUAUAGAGAGGUAAGGGGUUGCACUAAAGAAUUUUUGUUUACUUCAUGCCAUUUUUUGGCCCUCAUUCUUCUGUUUUUAAUGGGAUAGAAAGGGUUUUCUUUCUGACACUGACAUAUAAAAACCAUUUUUUAAUGUUUUACAACUGCUAUCAGUACCCAGACCAUUUAUUUUAGACAGAACAGCAGGAUACAUAAGAUACAUUUGGUUGCCCAGUCAGACUGUUCAUAAUAUUCUCUGGGGCAUAAAACCCUCUGUUCCUGGCCCUGGACCUUAGAUCUACCUCCUCGUGGCAUAUUUCCUCUCCUGGGGAAAAAGGAGAGGGGCUUUGAUAUCAGUAGGAUUGGACACAGCCUCUUGCCUAAAGGUUGUUUUCAUACUAAACCUUUUUUCUUGGCAGAUAUUCAAAAAGUUCUGGCUUGAACACUUUCGGUUACUACCUCCUGUGGCUGUACUUUCUAACUAAAUCCUAGAAUUCUACCAUCCAGAAGGGGACCUGUCUACUUCUACCCAUUUCUCACUUUUACAGACAAGGCAAAUACGGGUCAGAUUCUUUCUCCAGAUAUUUCCUUGAGGCCUUAUAGACAUGUAUACUCCUUCUCCCAGGGAUCACACUAGUAAACCAAAUUAAACAAAGUUAUGUGAUUGGUUGCGAUAUUUGUCCAAUUUUAUCUGUUAUAGUUCAGAAAACUUUAGAUCACUCAAAAUUUAUAUAGAGUCGAUGACACAGUAAGUAGGUUGUGCUCAUGGUCAUUGCCAGUUAACAUCAGGCACAUAGUGUUUCUAUUCUAAUUUUUUUAUAAUUCCAGUUUUUUAAAAUUUACCUUGUUUCAAAUUUCACUGUCUCUCCAGACCAUAAAUUCUCCAAAAGUUAAGGCCUCCUUGUACUUUUCAAGAUGACAUGUAGGUUUUACUCUUAUUUUGAUAAGGGAUUUUUCCUGACUUGGGGUAUACAAGUUCCAAGCUGUAUACUAAUUACUAAAGCACUAAUAAAUAUCCAUGGCUAGUCUAUUAAUGGGGACCACAGUGUAAGACAGAUUGAUAAACGUAUAUUGCUACCAUGCAUGAGCUUAAGCUUAUAAUUGAGUAGUUGCUACAAUAUUGUAGAACAGAGUCGAAAGACUUACCCACUUUUUUUUUCCACUUUGGAUCCUAAGAUUUGUUUUACUGAAUUCAGAAUUGGCAUGUGCCCCUUAGACUUCAGGAUAUUGAGACAUAUAUUUAUGAUAUUUACAUGGAGAAAUAUUUAUAAAUGAGCACUUUCAAAUUAUAGUGCUUAUAAAAGGGUGAUCAAAUGAGGAUCACAGAUAUUGAUGUUCCUAGCAUCUCUGAGCCUUUAUUCAAAAUAUAUUUCUGCAGAGUCACAGUGGACUUUGCAAAUGAUUUGCUCAUGGUCUUUAGUCAAGAAGCAAUUCUGACCCUAUUCUCCUUGCUCUUUUUUUUCCAAAAAUGGUGAAAAUCUUUCCAAUCACAAACAUCUUCUUUAAAAAUGUGUGACAAUUAAGAGAAAUCUGCAGAGUACGUGGAUCCAAAUGCAGUACAGUGAAGAGCUCCUGCACCAAAAGCACAUAGAAGUUUGCUAGAGAGUGGAGUAGAAAGGAAACAGUGCAUCUCCCUUGGCCAGCAUCCAAGGUUUAACUAAGUUUAAUUGGCUUGCAACAGCAAAAGACUCUUAGUAGCAUAUUUGCCUAGGAUAUUGAAACUUUGUCGGGAUGGAUAAUAUACAGGGAUUUAUUGUAGUGGAGUUUCUCCUUUUGUAGACAUUUGGCAACUGAACAUAACUAUUGUUGGUUGCCAUUGUAAAAUGUAGGAAAUGUAAACUGGUUUGAUGGGUUAGUGGAGUUCAUUAUGUGCAGAACACAAUGUUUGUAGAAAAAAUUUCUUUUUAAAUAAACUUUCCAUGUUGGAACUCCUUUUUAGAUGUUCAGAAAAAAAAAUGUGAAGGUAGAACAGAGUUCCUGUUUACUCCACAUCUUACAUCAAUAUGGUACACUUGUUAUAAUUAGUGAAUAAUAUUGAUACAUUAAUAUUAACUAUAGUGAAUGCUUUAUUCAGACAACCUUUGUUUUUAUCUGCCGUCCUUUUCUCUGCUUUAAUAUCUCUUUCAAAAUACAACAUUGUAUUAAUAGUCAUAACUCCUCAUUCUCCUCCUCAUUGCAACAGCUAUUUCAGACUUCCUUGCUCUCAAGGACAUUGGGAGUAUGUUUUCAGUUGGAAUUUAUUUGGUAUUUUUCUAAUGAAAAAAAAAAAGAAAGAAAACAAAACAAAACUAGGUUAAUGGAUUUGGGCCUGAACAACCACACAAGUGGUUACUAUUUUCAUAACAUAUUUCUUUUUUAAUUAAAUUUUUAUUUUUUUUUUACAUUAAUUACAUUUUAUUCGCUUUGGAUCCCAGUUGUAACCCCCACCCUCAUUCCCUCCCAAUCCCACCUUCCCUCCAUUAUCUCCUCCCUGCCCCUCUAUAAGUCCACUGAUAGGGGAGGUCCUCCUCCCCUUCCAUGUGACCCUAGUUUAUCAGGUCUCAUCAGGACUAGCUGCAAUGUCCUCCUCUGAAUCCUAGCUAGGUUGCUCCUCCCACGGAAGGUGGGGAGGUCAAAGAGCCAGCCACUGAGUUCAUGUCAGAGACAGUCCCUGUUCCCCUUACUAGUGAACCCACUUGGAUACUGAGAUGCCAUGGGCUACAUCUGAGCAGGAGUUCUAGGUUAUAUCCACGCAUGGUCCUUGGUUGGAGAAUGUUAUUCUCAGUCAUAUAGCUGAGAUAGUGUAUAUGAGAUUUCUCCCAUGUAGCACCCUUUCCUAUCAUAAUACUGCACUCUUUGGAAGAAAGUUACUGUGUUCAACCACAUAUAGGGAAAUGGUGAGUUAUGCACUAUGUCCUUGAGAGCAAUGGUCUACAUAAAUUCUUUGGAAUUCUUCUGCAUAGGAGCUUUGCCUCCUCUCUGUUUAUUUAUUUACAUAAUUGUUUAUUUAUAUCAGCAUGGACUCAUCGAUAUUUAUUACAUAGUUUAUUUUAUAAUCCAAUUCUACUUUUAUUUUAUUGCCCAAACGGUAGCUUUGACUGUUAGAAGCUCUUUUGAAUUGAUCCUUAAGUCUUUUUUACGUACCCCAUCAUCUUUUUUAGUGUGUGAUUAGUUUUUGGUGUUGCAAAAUGUUCCAGGCUCAUCUUGCUUUUGUUUUGUGGAGGGAGUUCUAUAACCAGUCAUUUCUUCAGUGAGUUUUUACUGAAGAAUUGUAUCAGAAACCAAGAUCUGGACACUAUAUAUGUUCACUAUUUUGGGGAUAUUAUUUCUUCAAGGCCUUCUCAGCCAGUAGAACAAAAUAUAUAUAUAUGCAUAUAUUAAGUUUUAUAUAUAUAUAUAUAUAUACCUGUCUAUAAACAUUUCCAUAUAUAAUCAUCUUUAUUUAUCUGUAUAUGAGUUCAUAUUGUUUUCUUUAGCUCUUAGUUAUCUGCAUAGAAUUGCAUUCUAACAGCAAGAACCAUAGCUCCACCUUCUGUCAUUUAUUUAUUAAUUGUUGAAAUCCAGUUUAUAUACAUGUUAACAGUGUCUUAAGUGUUAUCUUGUAUAUCUUGUAUACCCAUGAGAAAAAUCAAUCAACUAGAAUCCGGUGCUUAUGUACAUGAUAAUAACAUUUUUAGAACUUCAACAACUCUUCGAAACAGAAUGAUCUACAAGAUUCUUGAAUUAGAGAUUUAUUCUCAGUUUUAUCAUAGUCCUCAAAUGCUUUCUCAUACAUGAAGCAAACCAUUGGUGAUUGACCUAACCUUGAAUAAGCCAAGGGAAAUUAUUGAUCUUUCACAGUAUGUUAAUUCCUGUAUAAGGGACCAUUGAGAAAGCAGCCACAUGGGCCUAAUUUAAAGAAACACUGUCUUUUCUGAACUAAAUAUGGAUCUCUGACAACGGGUGGUACCCUGAUUUGCCUCUCUUCUGUGUUUUCCCCAGUUUCAAGGCAAGUUGCAUCACCUCUCUGUGCCUCUAUUAACCCAUCUAAAAAUGGGGAUCCACAUAUCUACCUCACAGGAGUGUUGUGAGGCUUCUUAUUAAUAGAUGCUUAAAAAUUAUGCGUGAUCUCUAAAUGAGCGAGAAAGUAUUAUAAUCAUUACUAUGAUGAUAAUUAGAGUACCCUAUAUUUAUCCUAUGGAAAAGGAGAUUAGCCCUCAUUGUUAGUAAACAGCUACAUUCAAGUCAGUAAGAAGGAUCAAUGAAGAGUAGCCAGUGGAGGCAAUAUUAUUUGUUCUGUUACCCUCACUUUUCCUUAUAUCCUCUAACUAUAGGAUUAUCAACUGUUUCCAGACUAGAAACAUAUUAGGACCUAAAAUAAUAGGAGGCAAAGUACAUAGUAGUUUUGAAAUUCUAUUUUUUUUUUCUUCCUUUCUUACUCUGGUUGAACUGCAUUAUAUAUAUAAAGCUUUGUCAGAAGCACAAAGACAAUUUCUCAAAGCUUUUCAGUCUUUGGUCAGUUCUAUUUCAUCAUUUGAAAUGUCUCUUUCUGCGUGUACUGUACAUUGAACAGUAAAGGUAGGAGGGGAGUGGGUGGGAUGGUUGGGUUGGGAGUGGAAUGGAAGACAAUGGAAUUUAUGUAGGUGUUUUUACAAACACUGGUUAUCGCUUUCUAUUUCUUUUUUCUGGUGGUGGGUUGGGGUAAGGGAAAAGAUACUAUUUUGUUAACAAAUUCUCCUUCCCUUUCAGUAGAUGGUUCCUAGGGUCAGUUCAAAUAGCUGUGUUGGAUAUUACUUUUAUAACUAUGUUGUAUGAAGUGCUGAUUUCAUUGUAUUCCUGAAUAAAGGGAAGAAAGUCCCUAGUAGUGUUCAUCCCUGUUUUUGACAGGGGGUCAUAGCAGGAGAGCAGUACCAGAAACUGACUCUUUUUUUGUGGUGGGGAAAGGAGCCUGUAUUGAAGGGAUUUAUUGGAUUUUUGUCAUUAUUUGAAGAAAUUAUAAAAUAGUGUAUUAUGUGUUAGUCUCUUAACUUUUCUGUUUGUGCCUCCUUUUUUAGUGCUUUAGAGCAGCACCUAUUUUCAUUCCAUUUUAUACUUGUUCCUGUUCGAGGUAUGGUGUUGAACAAUCUCUCAUAUCCAAGUAUGUCGUGUACCUGAAGAUUCUCGAGAAUGGCCUCAGUAAGCAUGGCCAAGCAGAGGUUACUCUCUUGUAGCUCAGUGGGGUACUCCCAUUGCAGCUUCCAGGCAGGGUGUGUGCUGGAGUACUAAGCAAUCUUGUUCUGUCUGAUUACUGUACUUUUUUAACAAUAAAAAUAUUUUAAACCAGAAA